AUGGCCAUCCAGAGCGAGCUGGAACGACCCGGAUCUUGGGCCUUAGCAACGGACCACUACCCGCCGCAGCGGCUUCGGCCAAUAUCGAGCAUAUCGAGCCCGCACCUGGGGCUGGCACCGCCGCGGCCGGCGGUCCAGCUGCCGCGGCUAGCCGCGAUCAGCGAGGCGUCGGCGCUGUCGCACGCGGGGCGGGUGGAGCGGCUCGCGGGGCGGCUCAAGAAGGGGACGCGGCGGCGGUACCUGGAGGCGAUCGGGGCGGCGCGGCUGGAGCUGCUGCCGCAGAGCGUGCUGGACCGCAUCUGCCGGCACGUGCCGUACGAGCGGCUGCUCUGGCUAUACCAGCAGUCGCGGGCGCUGCGGCGGCACGUCGACCCGCACCUGGCCCCGCACGAGACCAAGCUCUCCUUCGUCCUCCGCGCCGAGCGCGACUAUCCCCAGCACCGGCUCAGCGCGCCCCCCAACCUCGGCUGCUACAUGUGCCACCGCGUCCUCCCCGCCGCCCUUUUCGCCAGCAACCAGCCCCUCCAGGCCCUCCUCCGCGCCCCCUUCCCCGACCCCGGCCCCGGCCCCAGCCCGCGCCCGCGCCCGACCCCCCCCCAGGUCGUCGUCAACCUCCGCCGCUUCUGCAUCCGCUGCGGCAUCCAGUCCGGCUGCCACCUCCCCGGCGACUCCCUCAUCACUCGCACCGGCUAUCAGUUCUGGCUGUGCCGCUGCUUCCGCAUCCUCGACGACCACGUCCCCCACUGCAAGGACUGCAGGGCCGUCUGUCCCUUCGCGCCCCAGCCGCGCACGCGGCGCCCUCCCCUCGGCGGGGGUCCGGAUACGAUGGCGAGUGGCGAUCGAUAG